AUGGUCCCCAAAUUCCACCUUCCUGCACACAUCCAAUCAUGUCGUGAAAACUUCUCGCUCAACUUUACGCCGGGCGCUGCGAUCACUGACGGCGAAGGAAACGAGCGAACAUUUGACUACGCCAACAGAUUUGCUGGUAGUACCCGCGAGAUGAGACCCGGUGCUCGUAUCAAACUGCUAAAUGAUGUCUGCAAUGACUGGAACUGGAAGAAAACGACCAAGUAUGGAACCAGUCUUCUAAAGCGUCUGACAAAGGCCAUACCGGGAUGCAUUGAGCACAGUAUCCAGCUCCAUGAAAUGGAAUCGGUGGUCAAGGAACGUGGCCUGGAGGUGUGGAAGCAAGAAAUGAUAGCAUGGGAGGAUGACGCGUCGAAACCCAAUCCAUUCACGCCAAAAACUAAAGGCAUUACUGAAAAGGAUGCUCGUCUUGCUUUAGCAAAAGAGGCUGAAAGCCCUGACGAGAGCGCAGAGUCCCUUCAUCCAUCCAUGCACCCCAGUGUUAUGGUUGCGGUGGGCCUACAGUUAGAGGACGAGCAACGAAAGCACGUUGAAGAUGCCAACGAUCUCGGUGCACAUGCUACGUCUUCGCAAUUGGCCUCAGUACUAGAGUCUUCGAACCGCUUGAGGGCGCGGAUCGCAACGUGGACCGAGAUUCAAGCUCUCUACAUGCUUUUCGUUGUUCUUCUCCGAGAGAAAGCGACCACUGCAACGCCGAACGGGACACCCUCCACGAAAGUUGAAGACAUACCUCUCUGGCUCCCAUCCGCAGUCAUCCGUCUGACUCCCCGACACCAUCCCCAUCUCAAACUUGCUGAAUAUGAAUGGAAGCUUCGAGAGGGCCAGGCGAGUGACGCCCUGCACCAAAUCCGACACCACCUCCGCCUCAGCUCUUUCCUAUACAAGAACAAACGGCAGCAUAGUCGAGGGGUGAGAGCAAACACCCGUGCAAAUGCCGCGCAAGAGAAGGUUCAGGUCCGGAUUAAACGCGAGACAGCGAAGUACAGGGCAGCUCGAAACGUGAUGCUGGACCUAGCAAAGGUUUACAAACAGGCGCGGGCAGGGUGGGAGGUCGAAUUCAGAGAGCUGAGGGAGGGCGAUGUGCGUAACCUAUCGGAGGCAGAUGUCGGCCAGAGUGAAGGCAAGCGAACAGUUUCCUGGAUUUGGAUAUCAGAAGGCAUAAAAGCUGACGGGGACGGCCCCCAUCUAAACGACGCCUUGCGCUUCGAGUGGGCGCGCACAUACGCAAGGGCGAAACGUCAUGAAAAAGAGGUCGAAUUGGUCCAAGAAGAGAUGCGGAGGGUCCUUCAAGGUCUGCUUUGGCAAGCCAAUGACUGGAAAACGCGCGGCGGGAAGCUGGAUCAUAUUGGGUCAGAUCCAACCCUGAUGGAAGGGAUGCUCACAUACCGGGAGCGCCAGGCACAGCAACGCUUGGAGUUGCGAGAACGAUUCCAGAACCAGUGGGCAGGCGUUUCCGAGAAGGUGGCAGCCAUGCGCAGAGGUAUUGACCUGAAAAAGAAAGCCAUCGACGAGAAAGAAAAUGGCGACGAGUAG